UUGGUUCGGCGCGAGCGCUUCUUCGUUCGUCUCCCUCGACGCGCUCCAUUCCCGACCCAGAUUCUGGUCGGAAUCCCUUCUCAAAGCAGUCAGUCGGAAACCAAUCGCAGAUUCAAUAGGUUAGGGUGACCCACGGCGUCAAACUCGGGACAAGCGGUACCAUCUUGUUCUUGAAUUAUUUGUGUUUUCUUUUCUUCUGCACUACCACAUCUGUGUUUUUCUUGAAUGGGAGUGGUGGUUGUUUCAGAUUCAAGCAAUAGAAAUAUACUCUGCUUAUCAUCUCUUCGUCAUGCUUACCGAUAGCUCAAUCUUCGAUUGCCUUGCUGUGGUUGUAGCGAAGGUUUCAUGUCGGAUUCUCACCGAUGUGGUGACUCGUAGUUUUAUGUACGACUCUGAUUUGGGUUCUUUUAUUAGGGAUGUUGAAUCAUUGAGCGCUAUAAGGAUUAGAUUACUAGGAUAUAAAAGAAUUAUUAAGUUGAAGCUCUUCUACAUGUAGAGGUAUCGUAUCCUCCUCAAUUUGGGUGGUUCUUUUCUCAUCAUUGAUUUAAGAAUUUAAUGUGUGGAACCAAUGGUUUUGUAGAGUAUCAACUUAGACUUAUUCAGCUAUGUUUUCCCUUGAUGUUUCUUUUUAGUAAUUUUCUCUUUUUAUUCCAAUAGUUUUAUCUUCAUUUUCUAACCUUCUUUUAUGUUUACAAAAUUAAGCUUUAACUUUAAGCUUCCAUGAAAAUAUUUUGGUGGACUUUCCAACUUGACUGUUCCAUUUGAUAUUUGCAAAAAUCAUUUCACGAUAAACUUAGGCUUGUUCAUGUCAUCAUCAAUAUCAAGAUUCUAAGUUUUUGUUCUCCCAUUCAGACAAGAUCGAUAAGAGCGAUCGGAAACAUGUACAUUCAGUUGCUAACCUAGUAAAAAACAAACCCCAUGAGACUCCCAUCAAUGCUGGAUUUGGUGAGGGUCAUCUCAGUGAUUUAAGAUAAGUUUUUCUAUAAUUCAACCUUGGUCAUUUAUGUCGCAAUGAAGUGACCUUAUCGUCGUACUAAUUUGUAUAUCCAAAUUGAAGAUGGUAAUUAUUAAUUUGUUAUACUAGUGUUAUAGAUAUUGGCAGUGAUGAAGGUCUUUGGGCAAAUUUAUUAUGCUUGUUGCUUGUUACCCUUUUAAUGGAAAUCAGUACUUGAGGGUUGCUAUCAUGGCAUCAGUCUUAAUCUUCACAUUAUUUAUUGCAUUUGUGGUGGGUUAACAUAGGCCUCGUUUUAAAGACACAAUGCUUUGGUAUGAAAACAUCCCAAACUGGUGAAUAUUCUUAUUGCAAAGUUCAGUAGAUUAUGAUAUAUAAAUUAUACCGAAUGAUCGAUAUUUACGAUUUUGUUAUUGUUAUUGUUGUUGUAUAUAGAUUGCGCCUGUAUAUAACAAUAGAGAUUAAGAUAAUUCUCAAACUUUAUUCUUGCCAAGUUUCCAUGAACUUUAUUUUAGCUUAUCUCCAUGAACUUUAUUCUUUGCCGUGAAUAAGAACGACUUCAAACCAUCUUUUCCUCGGGCUCGGGUUCCAACUGCAUGUUUUGAGGUACCUUAAGCACUCUCUAUGCUACACAUGAAUAGCAUUACUCUUUUACUCUUUUCAGUUUCUUUUUAUCUUAUUCCCAUUUGUUAUUUGCAUUCUUGACUAUGGUGAAGUUUGGUGAUUAGAGUUGCUUUAUUCUUUCCUUGGCGGGCAACUUAGGGCCACUGUGGUCCUUCAAACGCUAUGAUACCAUCAGCUGCCGGUGUCCUGUUAGUUUCAUCUGUACCUCCUCAUUUGAUGCUGAUUACCACUUGCCUAUCAUUAAUUGAUUUUGAUCAUUAUGUUGGGCCAAAAUGUUUUUGCCUGAGAGUUCAGUCUGCACGCAACAAUUGAUUUGGAGGUCAAGGUCUUUGCAAGACCCUACUGCUUUUCCUUUUUGACUCAUCUUUAGUGUGUGCUUAACAAAAGCCAGAGGCCUUGAUGGAAGUGCUGGUAUCAAUAGGAUGUGGUCCUCGAAGAGCGGGGAGUCACAACAGGCUGAAAGCCUCACUAUCUUAGCUGGGUUGAGAAGAGUAUAAUAGCAGACCUAAGCAAUGUUGGCAUCAGAAUUGGAUUCUGAGAAGAUUAUUAGCCAUUUAAAAUCACUCUUUGGACGUUCCCUGGUUGCUGGGAUCAAUACUUAUUGACUUAGCUUCGAUGGCUAUGGAAGUUAAUGUAGUCGAUUUUUGCAGUGUAAGCAGGAAUGAGAAUCCUGAAUGAAACGACAGAUUCUACUUCAAAAACAGAAGCAAAAGGGGGCUAAACUUGAUUGGCUCCAAGUUAAAACUCAAGCUGAUGUUGUCUUGCUGAUUGUAAUUGUUCUUCCCAGUUUUUACUUCUAUUUUGCUGGCAAGAUUAUGAUUGCCACACCAUAAGGUGGUCAACGAGUCACUUGGUAUGAUUUGAUAUCUGUGAGAAACCCUUUCACGAAGGCCGGCUCUGUAUCUGCUCCUGUGUGUUGCUCCUUGUUGCUGCUACCCUUUUCAUCAAACACGGAUGCCUUUAUCCAACAACAUCCAUUGUAUUUUGUGUGACUGAGGGUUGAAGAACCUCAUCUUUUGAGCAUGACCGGUGGUAAAACACAUACAUUGUGUUUCCGUGGAUGAUUUUUGUGUGAAUGCUUGUGAUACUACCACCUGUUCUUCUACCCUGGCACGAUGAUGACCAUUCUCUUUGCUCCUUAUAAUGGAUCAAGAAGACCCCAAUUUCUGCAUGGCCAGCGUCGGGACAAGUACGAGUGCCUCUCCCUCGCUCUCACCUCGUGGCUCGUGAAACGCCUCCCAUCCAUGCCCGCCUACGGCUGGUCAUGUCUCCGAUUGCGCCUUCUCCUCGUAGUUGGAAAGAGAACCGCAGCAUCGCCGCGGAGUUCGAGGGAGCUCUUCUCAUCUCCAGCAGCCUCUUCCCGUACUUCAUGCUGGUGUCCCUGGAAGCCGGCGGCCCCGUCCGGGCCCUCGCGUUGCUCCUCCUCGCCCCCCUCGUGCGGCUCUUGGAGCUCGCCGGCCUCGAGUGCGUCGCUCUUCGAGUGAUGAUCUUCGUCGCCACAGCGGGCCUCAGGGUGGUCAAUCUCCAGGCGGCCGCGAAGGCCACCCUCCCCAAGUUCUACCUGGAGAACCUCCGGCGCAGCGCGUACCGUGUCUUCGCCGGCUGCGGUGGCAAACGGUACGUGAUCACCUCGUGCCCGAGGAUCAUGGCGGAGCCGUUCUCCAGGGAGUACCUGGACGUCGACGGCGUGCUCGGCACGGAGCUGAGGGCGUUCCAGGGGUUCUUCCUGGGCUUGACGUCCCCGGGCGGCUUCAUGUCUGGCUCCCGGCGGCUCGAAGCUCUCCACGCGGCCAUGGCAGGUGCCGAGGUGAUCGACGUUGGACUGUGCGGGAAGGACAGAGAUCAGCCCUUCAUGUCCUUGUGCGCGGAACGAUACUGCAUCACACCACAGGACGCAGCCCAACCCGUGCCAAGAAGCGAGUACCCGAAGCCGUUGAUCUUCCACGACGGUCGUCUGGUGGCGCUACCUACGCCGCUGGAUUCUCUCAUCGUUCUCCUGUGGAUACCUUUCGGAGUCGUAUUGGUCACGUUAAGGAUCCUCGUAGGCCUUUCCUCCCCUUACAAGAUGUGCCUCCUGUGCACCGCCGCCACCGGCGUUCGCAUCAGGGCCCAAUUCCACGAGCCCCGAUCCGACGCCGCCACACGCAGCAGGAGCCACACAUUGUUCGUCUGCAACCAUCGGACGCUCGUCGACCCCGUGAUCAUAUCAACCGCCCUCCGGCGGAAGGUAACAGCCGUCACGUACAGCGUCAGUAGACUGUCGGAGCUGAUCUCGCCGAUCCCGACCAUCCGACUGAGGCGGGACCGCUUCGAGGACGGUGCGAGGAUGCGGUCGUCGCUGGGCCACGGCGACUUGGUGGUGUGCCCGGAGGGCACCACCUGCCGGGAGCCGUACCUGCUCCGGUUCAGCCCGUUGUUUGCGGAGAUCGCCGAGGACAUCGUGCCGGUCGCCGUCACCAACGAGGGGAGCAUGUUCUACGGCACCACCGUGCGGGGGCACAAGUGCUUGGAUUCCUUCUUCUUCCUCAUGAAUCCCCGCCCUUCCUACGGGUUGGAUUUCUCGGCGAAGGUACCAGGCGGGCAGAAAUCCAAGUACGAUGUGGCCAAUCACAUCCAGCAGGCGAUCGGGCGAACGAUUGGGUUCGAGUGCACCAACUUGACGCGCAAGGACAAGUACAGAAUGCUCGCCGGCCAUGAUGGCUUGGACCCAAGGAAAUGAUACAAGCUCGUACCAACCAAGUGAAUGGAUGUCACACCGUCUUGUCUCUCAGUUGUGUAGUGAACGACCAUAGUACAUUAGCAUAUGCAUGUAGAGGUCAAAGAGGUAGGU